AUGGCUGCUCCUCAAGGUUACCCUCUUCUCUGUCUCGAGAACCCUCUCCUGGACAUCCAGGCUCGUGGUGAUGCUGCUCUCCUCGAAAAGUACGGCUUGAAGGAGAAUGAUGCUAUCCUCGCUGAGGACCAGCACAUGGGUAUCUACGAGGACCUGCUCGCCCGGGAUGCCAAGCUGAUCCCCGGUGGUGCUGCCCAGAACACCGCUCGUGGUGCCCAGUACAUGCUUCCUGAGCAGUCCGUUGUCUACAUCGGUUGCAUCGGUAAGGACAAGUUCGGUGACAUCCUCAAGAAGACCUGCGAGGAGGCUGGUGUCCACACUGAGUACCGUGUCGACGAGGCUCAGCCCACCGGAAAGUGCGGUGUUGUUAUCACUGGCCACAACCGCAGCAUGUGCACCCACCUCGCUGCUGCCAACGAGUACAAGCUCGAGCACUUGAAGCAGCCCGAGGUCUGGUCUCUUGUUGAGAAGGCCAAGUUCUACUACGUCGGUGGAUACCACCUGACUGUCUGUGUGCCCGCCAUCAUCGCUCUUGGUGAAGAGGCCGCUGCUAAGAACAAGCCCUUCAUGCUGUCUCUCUCCGCCCCCUUCAUCCCCCAGUUCUUCAAGGAGCAGCUCGACAGCGUCUUGCCCUACACUGACUACACCUUCUGUAACGAGACCGAGGCCCGUGCCUACUCCGAGAGCCACCAGUGGGGCACUGAGGAUGUUGUUGAGAUCGCCAAGAAGCUCGCUCUGCUCCCCAAGAAGAACACCAACAGCCCCCGUGUUGCCAUUGUCACCCAAGGCACCGAGCCCACUGUUGUCGCCAUCGGUUCUUCUUCCGGCUCCGUUGAGGUCAAGGAGUUCAAGGUCCACGAGAUCUCCAAGGACGCCAUCAACGACACCAACGGUGCUGGUGAUGCCUUCGCCGGUGGUUUCUGCGCCGGUAUCGUCGCUGGCAAGAGCCUCGAUGACUCUAUCGACAUGGGCCAGUGGCUCGCCAGCAAGAGCAUCCAGGAGCUUGGACCUUCCUUCCCCUCCCCCAAGCAGACCUACUCCCGCUCUUAA